AUGUUUAGAAAUAAUUACGACAACGACUCAGUGACAUACUCCCCCACUGGGAGAUUAUUUCAAGUAGAAUAUGCAUUAGAGGCAAUAAAACAAGGAAGUGCAGCAGUUGGUUUAAUUUCCAAAAAUCAUGUUGUAUUAGUUGCAUUAAAAAGAAAUGCAGAAGAACUAGGUUCAUAUCAGAAAAAAAUCAUUAAAAUAGAUAAUCAUAUGGGAGUAGCAUUAGCAGGUUUAGCUCCUGAUGCAAGAGUAUUAUCUAAUUUUUUAAGAAAACAAGCAAUGCAAUGUAAAAUGAUUUUUAAUCGUCCUAUUCAAACUUAUAAAGCUGCUUUAACAAUAGCAGAUAAAGCUCAAGAAAAUACUCAAAGUUAUGGAUCAAGACCUUAUGGAGUUGGAUUAUUAAUUGCUGGUUAUGAUGAAACUGGACCUCAUUUAAUUGAAUUUUUACCUUCAGGAUCAGUAUUAGAAUAUUAUGGAGCAGCAAUAGGAGCAAGAUCACAAGCAGCAAGAACAUAUUUGGAAAGAAAUUUAGAUGAAAUUAAACAAAGUGAAUCAAUUGAACAAUUAAUAACUCAUGGAUUAUAUGCAUUAAGAGAUACUUUAAGUCAAGAUGUUGAAUUAAGUUUUAAAAAUACAAGUGUAGCGGUAGUUGGUAAAGAUCAAGAUUUUAUUACAUAUGAUGGUGAAGAUGUUCAACAAUGGCUAGAUAAAUUAGAUUCAGUCACAAAUGAAAGAAAUAGGACGAGUAGUAGUGGUAAUGAAGAACAACCAGAAGAACCAACACAAGAAGAAUCUCAUGAAGGUGAUAGAAUGGAAACUGAUGAAUAG